AUGGCCGAGAAUCGAACCCACGACCACCGAGAGUAUGAUCCCGAGGAUUAUUUUCGGGUAUUUGAGGAAACUGCUAAUCACCUUAAUUGGCCUGUUGAACAGUGGGUAUGGCUCCUUAAACCUAAAUUGUCAGAUAGGCAGGAGAAAGAUUUACUAAAGGCUGCUUCCUUGGCUGACACUUAUUCCUUAAUACAUAAGAGUAUUCCUAAUAAAAAAGCUGAGGUAUUUGUAAAACCAGUUUCAGGAAAAUCCCAGCAGAUUUCGGAUAAUCCCAAAGGUUCUGAUAAUCCUAAAUGUAGUUAUUGUGAGAAGGUGGUUGUAAGGGAUCUUACUGGAAUUUCAUCCAUUCCCCUUGCCAGUGUUUACCUUGAUUGCCCACUUGUAAAAGGGAAAGUUGAAUUAGGGGUGAUUGAUACAGAAUUGCCGGUAAAAGGAGUUUCAUUGCUAUUGGGUAAUGAUUUAGCCGGGAAAUUAAUUGUACCAAAUUUAAUUGUCACUGAUACCCCCAUGGAGGAUAAGGUAGAUCUUGAACAAGCCCCAACACAUAUAGUCACUCGGUCCCAAGCAGGAGAAAAGGUAAACGACUUUGAAGUAGAUAGUGAUUUCUUAGCUAAGCCUAUACUAGUUCCACAUGAGCCCUUUGAGAAAUUAGUAAUAGACUGUGUUGGACCCUUGCCCAAGACGAAAGGUGGUAACCAAUAUUUAUUAACUCUUAUGUGUCCCGGUACUCGUUUUCCAGAGGCCAUCCCACUUAAGAAUAUAUCUGCCAAAAAUAUUGCUAAACACCUUUUAAGUUUCUUUACUACUUACGGGAUCCCCAAGGAUAUCCAAACUGAUCGUGGUUCUAACUUUACAAGUAAACUCUUUUCAGAAAUCCUGAAGGAAUUAAAUAUAAAACAUAGCUUAUCAUCUGCAUAUCAUCCGGAAUCUCAGGGAGUCCUGGAACGAUGGCACCAAACAUUUAAAAGUAUGUUAAAAAAGUUUUGUUUAGAGAGCAAUCUUGAUUGGGAUGAAGGAGUAAAGUUUUUGUUGUUUGCUAUACGUGAGUCCCCCCAGGAAUCCCUAGGUGUUUCUCCUUUUGAAAUGGUAUAUGGGAGAUUAUUAAGAGGACCCCUUGCAUUAAUUAAAGAUGAAUGGUUAAAGCCCCCAGACUCUCAUCAGACUGUAACUGUUCAACAAUAUUUGAGUAACUUUAAGGAAACCCUUUCCAAAGUCCGUAAAAUAGCCAGUGAAAACUUAAGCAAAGCUCAGAUUAAAAUGAAAAAUAAUUAUGAUCAAAAAACUAAAAUUAGGAAAUUCAACCCAGGAGAUUUUGUGUUAGCAUACUUUCCUAUCCUUGGAUCCCCAUUUUCCUCCAAAUUCUUUGGUCCAUAUAAAGUAGUUAAAAAUGUCAAUAACCAUACCUAUGUGAUAGAAACCCCUGAUAGAAGGAAAAGUACUCAAAUUAUCCAUGCCAAUUUGCUUAAAAGGUAUCAUUCCAGGAAUACUGAAACUGGUUAUGGAGACAAAAUUGUUAAUGUUAAUGUUAAGGUCAAGGACGAGAAACCUGAAGUAAGUGAACCUGAAUUCAUCUAUUCGUGGCGUUUUGUAGAUAAUGAUGCUGCCCUGAAAACCUUUGAAAACUCAUGUCAACAUCUUUCUCCUUUUCAAUCAACAGAACUUCAAAACCUUAUUUGCUCUUACCCAGAACUUUAUGGAGAAAAUCCAGGUCAGUGUACAGUUCUCACCCAUGACAUCGAACUUCUACCAGGAACUGCUCCCAUACGACAACACCCUUAUCGCAUCAGCCCGGCCAAGAAAUUAGUAAUGAAAGAAGAAGUGGAAUAUCUUCUGAGAACUGGAUUAGCUAAACCAAGCAAGUCACCAUGGGCGUCUCCCUGUCUAUUGGUACCAAGGGAGGAUGGCAGCAUGCGACUGUGUACAGAUUACAGGAGAGUAAAUUCUGCUACUGUUAAGGAUAGUUACCCUUUACCCCGUCUAGAUGACAUUAUAGACUCUGUGGGCCAAGCAAAGUAUGUAGCUAAAAUAGAUCUCCUCAAGGGGUAUUAUCAGGGUCUAGAGGGAGUAUUUGCAUAUCUAGAUGAUAUAUUGGUGAUAGGAGAUUCUUGGAAGGAGCUGAUGACACGUUUGAAUAUGCUCUUUGAUAGAUUAAGAGAAGCCCAGUUAACAAUAAAUUUAAAAAAAUGUGUUUUUGGACAAGCUACAGUUACUUACUUGGGACAUAUUGUAGGUGGAGGUAAUGUCAGGCCUAAAACUGCAAAUGUUAAUGCCAUUCUUGACUAUCCAGAACCUAAGAAUAGGAAAUCCCUUAAAAGAUUUCUGGGUAUGGUUUCAUAUUACAGGAAGUUCUGCCGUAAUUUUGCUUCAGUAGCUGCCCCUUUACAUAGUCUUACCAGCCCUAAAAAGAAGUAUGAAUGGGAUGAGAAAUGUCAGGCAGCAUUUGAACAUUUAAAAUAUUUUUUGAGUAGUGAGCCAGUCUUACACAGUCCUAAUUUUUCUAAACCCUUCUCUUUGCAAGUAGACGCUUGCGACACUGGUGCUGGAGGAGUGCUGUUGCAGGAAAUUGAUGGGGUACUCCACCCAAUAGGAUACACCUCCAGUAGUUUCAAGCUUCAUCAGUUGUCCUACAGUACCAUAGAGAAGGAGCUCUUAAGUUUGGUUCUUGCUCUCCAAAAGUUUGAAUGUUAUCUACAAGGAGCUCCUGUCAUCCAUGUCUAUACGGACCACACCCCCUCACCUUUCUUGAGCGCACCAAGGCCCAUAAUCAGCGAUUACUAA